AAAUUACGAAGCAUCCCAUUCCGCGGCUUCUUUGACACGAAAGUUGCCGCCUCCAACUCCAGAUAACACUUGAUUGAACUUGGAUGCUGAGAGCAUUGCUUCGAUCAAGCGUCAUGUCCGGCGCCACUGCGUUAUCGUCUUCGCUAUCUUCUAUAGCGCGCAGGAACCCUAUCUCAUGCUUCACUUCCAGGAAUGGUGCUCUAACAUUGGACCAUGUUUUCUUCCCCGCUCGCUUUAAUCGAGUUUCACUUCGAUGCUACGCCGCAUCCGCUGGUUUUGAUAGAGUUCAAGUUCAGAAUCCGAUCGUGGAGAUGGACGGUGAUGAAAUGACAAGGAUCAUAUGGAAGAUGAUAAAGGAUAAACUUAUAUUUCCUUAUCUGGAUUUGGAUAUAAAGUAUUUUGAUUUGGGAAUUCAGAAUCGUGACGCAACUGAUGACAGAGUUACUGUAGAAAGUGCUGAGGCCGCUCUAAAGUUCAAUGUUGCUGUAAAAUGCGCAACAAUAACUCCGGAUGGAACCAGAGUCAAAGAAUUUGGACUGAAGUCUAUGUGGAGGAGCCCUAAUGGCACAAUUAGAAACAUCUUAAAUGGUACUGUUUUUCGGGAACCCAUAAUAUGCCGCAAUAUUCCCAGAAUUGUCCCUGGUUGGAAAAAACCCAUAUGUAUUGGUAGGCAUGCUUUUGGUGAUCAAUAUCGUGCUACUGAUUUAGUUAUCAGAGGACCGGGGAAGCUUAAGUUGGUAUAUGUUCCUGAAGAUGCGGAUCCUCCAGUGGAGCUUGAUGUUUACAAUUUCAAAGGACCAGGUGUUGCUCUUGCUAUGUAUAAUGUUGACAAGUCUAUCCGAGCUUUUGCUGAAUCAUCAAUGUCACUGGCAUUUGCAAAGAAAUGGCCUCUUUACUUAAGCACCAAGAACACUAUUCUUAAGAAAUAUGAUGGCAGGUUUAAAGACAUAUUCCAGGAGGUGUAUGAAGAAAGGUGGAAGACGAAGUUUGAAGAACACUUGAUAUGGUAUGAGCAUAGGCUCAUUGAUGACAUGGUGGCAUAUGCACUCAAAAGUGAAGGUGGAUAUGUUUGGGCUUGUAAAAAUUAUGAUGGUGAUGUCCAAAGUGAUUUACUUGCUCAAGGUUUUGGCUCGUUGGGCCUCAUGACUUCGGUGCUGUUAUCUUCGGAUGGAAAGACAUUAGAAGCCGAGGCAGCCCAUGGAACUGUAACUCGACAUUUCCGGCUUCAUCAAAAUGGACAGGAAACUAGUACUAACAGUAUUGCUUCCAUAUUUGCAUGGACGCGAGGACUGGAACACCGGGCCGAGCUAGAUAAUAACGAGAGGUUACAGGAUUUUACUCGUAAGUUGGAGGCUGCAUGUGUUGAGACGGUGGAGUCUGGAAAAAUGACCAAAGAUCUUGCUAUUCUGAUUCACGGACCUAAGGUAUCCAGGGAUUUUUACUUGAACACUGAGGAAUUUAUCGAUGCGGUGGCUCGCACGCUUGAUGAAAAGCUCCGGGUAGCUGCAUUGGUCUGACUGUAGUGAGUCCCAUUUUUUUAAUAGGCAGAGGUAAAAGGAGCGAGGGAAUUUACAUUUUACAGUGUUUGGGCAACGAUUGGGAUCAUCUACAUCUUUUGACCGUCGAUAUUGAUGUCUGCUGAAAACUUUGGGCCCCAAUAGGUUGGCUAUUGGUAAAUUUUUAGCUCUCCAUUAUACUACGAUCGAUCUCUAGGCUUUCAGCUCGGCCACGGGCGUCCCUAUUUUUGAACCGCUCAGUCUCGCUGGCGGUGGAAACUAGUGAAUUUAGGAAAGCACAAGACGAUGACAGGCACAAUUUGCGGAGCAGGACUAAAUCAGUCAAAUAAGAUCAGUAUAACAUUUUAAUGUGAUUCUUGAAUGAAUAACUGCACCAGUUUUUUCAAAUUACAUUCCUAGUUCUUUCAUAUGAUUAUUUAAUAAUGAUAUAUGGUACCAUCAGGCUAAA